AUGUGUGUCUUGUUGCAGGGGCCAGGCAUGUCGAAAGUGAACGUGCACACAAACGAGUGUGAGACGUGCGGUAUCCACGGAUUGGCCAGUGACAACUGGCGGGAGACUGGUUUGUUCAACUACAACAACAGCUAUCUGGUGGAGCUGUCUGUCCUGUACAGAUGCCUGGAGGCAUUCACCAGGGGUACGACUAUAAGCGCCUUCUUCGAGACGUUUUUAGAACCUUUGGCGAGUGACCUGGUCUGGAUCAAGGCGAACCCUGAUCUCAGCAAAAGGCUCGCAAACGGCAUUAACUUGCUCAACGUGCUCAACAACAUUUUCUUGGCGUUCCUGGCCCUCAUCGACCACACUUUCGAGUUUCGGUGCUGGAUGUGGGGGAAGUUUCCGCCGAUCCUCACUUUCGACGCCUGCAUGAAGAUCGCCUGCAACUUCGUGACUCUGGGGCAGCAAACGCCGGUUCUUGGGGUGUACGAUGCCGGAUGCAAAGCGGUGGCGCACAUGGAAAAGCACCUCCCGGGGGUCCUUCAAAACCGCGGGAGACCCACUCGGCUUGGCGACGACGGGGUGGGGGGGGGGGGCAGCGGGUACAGCAACGCUGCCUCAAAUGACACCGAGGAUGGCGAACCCGCACCCACACCAUGCGUCUUCUUGCCGGCGUUGGCACACCUCGGCAGCAACAGCGCAAGUACCACCGUCGAAGCACCGCAAGUAUCUCUCCCUGUACCACCAAAGAGAGACAGCAAAGUCGACGUGUAUGCCCUCAAGGCUGCUCCCUAGGGCGAUCGUGUGCAGAGCCAAGUAAACGUCUACGACCUUCUACACGCGUCCGCCGAAACACAGGGGCCAGUAUCGAAGGCCGUUAACUUAGCGGCCACGAG